GGAACAAGAUGGCGAUUCCGGGCAGGCAGUAUGGGCUUAUUUUGCCAAAGAAAACACAGCCGUUGAACCGAGUUUUGCAAAAACCAUCAGUGUUUGGAAAUGAUUCUGAUGAUGAUGAGGCGUCUGUGAGCGAAAGCCUUCAGAGGGAAGCUGCUAAGAAGCAGGCCAUGAGACAGACCAAACUGGAGAUUCAGAAAGCUCUUGCAGAAGAUUCUACUGUGUAUGAGUAUGACAGCAUUUAUGAUGAAAUGCAGAAAAAAAAGGAAGAAAAUAACCCCAAACUGCUUAUGGGGAAAGAUCGAAAGCCCAAAUAUAUUCACAACUUACUAAAAGCAGUCGAGAUCAGGAAAAAGGAACAGGAAAAGAGAAUGGAAAAGAAAAUACAGAGAGAACGAGAGAUGGAAAAGGGAGAAUUUGAUGAUAAAGAGGCAUUUGUGACAUCUGCUUAUAAAAAAAAACUUGAAGAGAGAGCUGAAGAGGAGGAAAGAGAAAAGAGGGCAGCUGCCCUGGAAGCACGUUUGGAUGUGACCAAGCAGAAAGACCUCAGUGGAUUUUAUCGGCAUCUAUUAAAUCAAGCAGUCGGUGAAGAGGCAGUUCCUAAAUCCAGCUUUCGUGAAGCCAGAACUGUAAUAAAAGAAGAGAAACUCAGGGGUUACCCUGAUGAAACAAAUUCAGAGAACAGACCACAGCAGAACUGCGCCUUGCAGAGUGGUGUAGAGGAAGCGGAGGAAAACCCAGAUGCUGACAGUGAUUCUGAGGAGAGCUGUGACGAUGGUGAAAGAGGAGACCAUAAAGUAAAGUCCAGAGGGGAAGAAGACACUGGCGCCUCCACAAAAUACCUCAAGCAUCACAAGAAUCACACCCACUCACGAUCAUCUAGUGAGGAAGGGGGGCUCAGUACCAAGUACCACUCACGAAGUUCCCAGUCAAGAGGACAUGAGCAUAAGGGAGGUCAGCACCAGGACAGGCAGUCCAGAGACCAAGAGAGCUGUCACAAGGACCGCAGCCACCGGGAAGAAAAGAGUUCUCAUAGGCACAGAGAGGCCAGUCAUAAAGAUCACCACUGGAAGAGGCAUGAGCACGAGGACAAACCGAAGGGACGAGGACAGGGAGAAAGACAGGACAGAGAAUGGAAGAGGGAGAAAUAUUCCUCAAGAGAACAAGAAAAAGACAGACAAUGGAAUGAUCAUGACCGAUAUAGUGAGAAAGAAAAGAAAGGCAAAGAAAAAGAAGAGCACAGGAAAGCAAGGAGGGAAAGAUGUGAAGAUGGUGCUAAGUACAGAGAGAGGAAGAAGCCAGAAGGAAGUGGGCAGUCUUCAGAAAGACAUCGAGACAGAAGGGAGAGCAGCCCGAGGCCUAGACCAGAGGACGACCUUCUUGACCAAGAAAGAUCCAGCAAAGCAAGAAACACGGAAAAGGACAAAGGGGAACAAGGGAAGCCCCCUCGUUCUGAAACAUCACUAGCAACAAAACACAGACUGACAGAGGAAAGACCAGAGAAGGGCAGUCAGCCAGAGAGGCCCCCUGAGGCCGUGAGCAAGUUUGCAAAGCGGAGCAACGAGGAAACGGUGAUGUCAGCUAGGGACAGGUAUUUGGCCAGGCAGAUGGCGCGGAUAAAUGCAAAGACGUAUAUUGAGAAAGAAGAUGACUAAGGACUGCCCAGAUCUGAAGUUCCUUGGAAACACAGAGCAUUGGGACCCUUGAACUUGCUUUAAGAAAGCAUAUGACUGUAUGAACAGCGACUGGGGAGUAUUUUUUAAAGUGUGUUUUCAAAAUUUGUUAAGUCAAAAGUCAGUUCUGUGAGCUUUGGUGCUUGUCUGGAGUUGAGAUAUUCCCUGAUCUAUAGCACUUUCUUGAUUGUAUGCAAGAAUCAUAAGGUGUUAAAUCUUACAAAAUUUCUAUGAGGAAACUUGGCUUCAUGUUAUGUUUAUACAUUAAAAAUAACUUGUAAAAA